CAUCACGAUCUUCACUGUCGAGGUUAGACAGUUAUUAUAUUAAAACGCCGCGACGCUGCUUUCUUUGCUCCGAGAGAGAACAAAAUCAAUUUAUUUUUAAAUGAUCAAGUAUAAUCGAUAACUAAUUUGUACUGGAUACAUUUGUAAAUUGAAAAUUUAUCUUACAAAGAUACUUUAUUCGCCAAUAUGCAGAGUAUUCGUCAAUGUGUUAGGCAUUUAGUGUCAUAUAGCAAAUCCAUUGUAAAUAGAGCGAAUAUAUUGUCGACUGCAACAAAUUUUGCACCAACCUGCAGUUUUCAUAUUUCUGCAAUUUGUCACAAAGAUCAAGUUCCAAAAAAGUUUUUAAACUAUAAUAAAACUGUAUUUCCACCUCAAAAACCGGGUGAAGAAAGAAGACCUGCUUAUGUAUGCCAUAUGAAAGCUAAUAUAAAGUACAGUCCAAAAAAGAUGUGGUACAUCGCAAGUUUUGUACGAGGAAUGUCUGUGGAUGAAGCUGUGAAACAAUUGAGUUUUAUACAUAGGAAAGGUGCAGAGAUUGCAAAGGAAGUUAUAUUGGAAGCUCAACGUAUGGCUGUGGAAGAACACAAUGUUGAAUUUAAAAGUAAUUUGUGGGUCGCGGAAUCAUUCAGUACUAAAGGUAUCGUGAUUAAGGGUUUACGGCGUCAUGCUAGAGCACGCAAGGGAAUCGUGCACUACAGAUAUUGCCAUUACUUCGUACGCUUAGAGGAAGGAUCACCACCUAAAUAUUACUUCCUGCCAUAUCCCAAGACUGGCGAGGAAUUAUUAGACGACUGGAUGAAACAGAUGCACUUACGCAAAGUACCAAACUCUUUGUAAUUACAAAUGUUAUUAUAAUAUACACUUGUAAAUAUACACUAUAUAUG